AAUGGGCGUGGUUUAUGACUAUGUUGUAGAAGCUAGUGACGACCUCCCCCGGUGGGCUGAACAGAUACCGUGUGUAUGUACUAGUCGGAACUAUGAAACUCUAACAUUUCCGACGUGCUAUCUGGUUGAACAGGACCCUGGUAUGACUAGGAUAGCAAGUCGUACAUUUCAGAGUUUCCUAGUUCCGGCGAGAAUGUGAACGCGGCAAGACAGACCUGCGCGUGUGGCCUGUCGCUACUCACUACGUAGGCACAGAGUUUAAACUCUACUGUCUUUGACGUAUGUGUCGUUUGCCUGCAACUGGCUUUCACUGUAAAAACAUGGCGAGGCUUAGCGAGCAUGGGAUUCGUCUCAGUUCCAUGAGCCCGUCCUUCCUGAAUAGUAAUUCAACAAGUCAUACGUGGCCUUUCAGCGCAGUUGCAGAACUAAUAGAUAAUGCAUCAGACCCGGGAGUGACAGCUAGGCAGAUCUGGAUAGAUGUGGUGGAGGAGCAUCAGCAGCUCUGUCUGUCCUUCACUGACAAUGGCAGCGGCAUGACCCCCAACAAACUGCACAAGAUGCUCAGUUUUGGUUUCACAGAGAAAGGUUCUGGUAAGGGAAGCCACCAGGCCAUCGGUGUCUAUGGAAACGGCUUUAAGUCUGGCUCCAUGCGUCUGGGUCGUGACGCUCUGAUCUUCACUAAGAACGGAGGCUGUUUGACCGUCGGCAUGCUGUCCCAGAGCUACUUACAGGCUAUAAAGGCACAGGCUGUCAUCGUCCCCAUAGUGCCCUUCAACCAACAGACCAAGAUGCUGGUAGUGACUGAGGACUCUGAGGCCAGUCUGAAUGCCAUCCUGUCCCACUCUCUGAUCCACACCCAGCAGGAGCUGCUGCAGCACUUUGACUCCAUCCUGUCCAAGAAGGGCACCAAGAUCCUCAUCUGGAACAUACGCAGGAACAAAGAUGGUAAGCCGGAGCUGGAUUUCGAGAUUGAUGAGUUUGACAUCCGGAUUCCAGAGAUCCACUCAGAGGAGACCAAGACUAGAGGCAGGAAGAAGAGCUUUCCUGGACCACAGAGGAAUGAACACACCAUCCCAGAGAUGGACUACUCCCUGAGGGCCUACCUCAGCAUCUUGUACCUGAAGCCUCGGACUCAGAUCAUCCUGCGACAGAAGAAGGUUCAGACCAAGCUGGUUGCCAAGAGCCUGUCACAGAUCGAGAAUGACGUUUAUAAACCCCAAUUCAAUAAAGAUAGGGUUAAGGUCACCUUUGGGUUCAACCGCAAAAACAAAGACCACUAUGGCAUCAUGAUGUACCACAAGAACCGCCUCAUCAAGUCCUAUGAGAAGGUUGGCUACCAGAUCAAGUCAUCAGGUCAGAGGGCAGGGGUCGGGGUUAUUGGUGUCAUUGAGUGCAACUUCCUGAAGCCGGCUCACAACAAACAAGACUUUGAAUACACCAAAGAGUACAGGCUGACCCUGUCGUCCCUGGGGCUGAAGCUCAACGACUACUGGAAUGAGAUGAUGGAGAAAAAGGCGAGAGAACGAGAGUUCCUGGCAGCAGAGAAGAGGAAUGAAGAGGAAGAUUCAGAUGAGGAGGAGGAGGAGGAAGGGGAGGAGAGUCCAGUGUGGCUGCAGUGUGAGGAAUGUCUGAAGUGGAGGCGUGUCCCAGAAGGCCACUACAGCUCUACCCCUGAACACUGGAACUGCAGCCAGAACCCCAACACCAUGCUCAGGAGCUGCUCUUUGCCAGAGGAAGCCGAGCAGAGUGAAGCAGAGUUAACGCCAAGCUACCCGAAGAAGACCUACAAGAAGGACCAAGGCCUGGUCAGAAAACGAGGCCGUCCGCGGAAGCACCAUGUUCUCCCCCAAGGCCUGUCUGAACCGGUCCUCCUCCGCCCCCUACCCCCUGAUACACCCCUCCCUCUAUUUGAGCCGGUCCUCCUCCGCCCCCUACCCCCUGAUGCCCCCCUUUCUCUGCUCACAGAGGAGACUGAGGACAGUGAGCUGAAUAAGACAGUGGAUACACUGGUGGCCACUUUGGAGGAUGAGGAGGACAACAUGGCACAGUCCAUGUCUGGGUCAGACACAUGCGCACCCACACGCGCAUGCAAACGCACAUACAGAAACAAGCGUAAGUCAAUAUGGCCGCCCAGGGACAUGGACAAGAGACCACAACCAUGGGCGGAGCCACACCCGUUCGCUGACGAGGUCCAAGAGGUGCAACAACCUGGGAAAGACGUCAAUGAACCACAGACACUGACUGGGCAGACAGAGAAGACCAAGGGGGAGAAGGCACUACUGGGGGCCACCAGAGUAGGCCCUUCCCAGCCCAGCUCCAGCCUUGUCUGGCCUCCCUCCCUCCCCUCAGCCCAGACGGUGGUGGUGUCCCCCCUGAGUCGUCCGGAGGGCCCCUGGCCCCGGGCUCUGACCCUUGAGGGGGCUGGAUCAGACAGGGGAGCCCUGGUCCAGAGACUGGCUGGACUGGAGAAGGAGGCUCAGAGGCUGAGGAGGAUACUGGGGUCCACUGCACUCCCAGCGACGCCAGACAACAUGGUGAUGACAGAGGCUCCCUCUGGGGAUAAGGCAGCUGCUGGGGUGGGGGUGGAGACACCGGUGGCCAUGGUAACCAAACUGGACCAAAUGGAGUGUGACAGCUCCGCAUCCCCCAGUGGCCCUGGGUUUCCAGGGCUGGUUGUGGAUGGCAUCCAGCCCCAGAGAGAACAGCCUGAGCUGGGCAGACUGAGGAGGGAGAAGGCUGACCCCCAGAGCAGGCUGAGACAGACUGACAGCCCAGUGACCAGGGACCAGAGCUCCCGCAUUGUGCUGGAGAAUCUCCACAAAAUCCGAGGGAACGUGGUGGCUCUGCUGUCAGCUAUCCUGCCCCACCUGGACCUGCAGGGCAUCAGCCUGAACACGCCAGACGUAGACAGCAUCCUGCAGCAGAUCAUAGACGCCAACUCACUGUCUCCACUCUAGAACCCACCCUCGGUGCUCUAGAACCCACCCUCGGUGCUCUAGAACCCACUCUCGGUGCUCUAGAACCCACUCUCGGUGCUCUAGAACCCACUCUCGGUGCUCUAGAACCCACUCUCGGUGCUCUAGAACCCACUCUCGGUGCUCUAGAACCCACUCUCGGUGCUCUAGAACCCACUCUCGGUGCUCUAGAACCCACUCUCGGUGCUCUAGAACCCACUCUCGGUGCUCUAGAACCCACUCUCGGUGCUCUAGAACUCACUCUCUGACCACUAGGAACUCACUCUCUGACCACUAGGGACUCACUCUCUAACCACUAGGGACUCACUCUCUGACCACUAGGGACUCACUCUCUGACCGCUAGGAACUCACUCUCUGACCGCUAGGAACUCACUCUGUGCUCUAGAACCCACUCUCUGACCGCUAGGAACUCAUUCUCUGACCGCUAGGAACUCUGUGCUCUAGAAACUCACUCUCUGACCGCUAGAAACUCACUCUGUGCUCUAGAACCCACUCUCAGACCGCUAGAAACACACUCUGCAUUAGUAUUUAUUCUCACCAGUCGACAGUCGUGGCCAAAAGUUGAGAAUGACACACAUAUUUAUUUUCACAAAGUCUGCUGCAUCAGUUUGUAUGAUGGCAAUUUGCAUAUACUCCAGAAUGUUAUGAAGAGUGAUCAGAUGAAUUGCAAUGAAUUGCAAAGUCCUUCUUGGACAUGCAAAUGAACUGAAUCCCCCAAAAACAUUUCCACUGCAUUUCAGCCCUGCCAGAAAAGGACCAGCUGACAUCAUGUCAGUGACUCUCUUGUUAACACAGGUGUGAGUUGUUCUUCCUCUGUCAUUGUUCUUCCUCUGUCAACCAUGGUAACCUGCAAGGAAACACGUGCCGUCAUAAUUUCUUUGCGCAAAAAGGGCUUCACAGGCAAGGAUAUUGCUGCCAGUAAGAUUGCACCUAAAUCAACCAUUUAUCUGAUCAUCAAGAACUUCAAGGAGAGCGGUUCAAUUGUUGUGAAGGGCGCCCAAGAAAGUCCAACAAACGCCAGGUCCGUCUCCUAAAGUUAAUUCAGUUGCGGGAUCGGGGCACCACCAGUACAGAGCUUGUUCAGGAAUGGCAGCAGGCAGGUGUGAGUGCAUCUGUACGCACAGUGAUGCAAAGACUUUUGGAGGAUGGCAUGGUGUCAAGAAGGGCAGCAAAGAAGUCACUUCUCUUCAGGAAAAACAUCAGGGACAGACUGAUAUUCUGCAAAAGUUACAGAGAUUGGACUGCUGAAGACUGGGGUAAAGUCAUUUUCUCUGAAUCCCCUUUCCGAUUGUUUGGGGCAUCCAGAAAAAAAGCUUUUCCCGGAGAAGACAAGGUGAGCGCUACCAUCAGUCCUGUGUCAUGCCAACAGUAAAGCAUCCUGAGACCAUUCAUGUGUGGGGUUGCAUCUCAGCCAAGGGUUAUCACAAUUUUGCCUAAGAACACAGCCAUGAAUAAAGAAUGGUACCAACACACCCUCCGAGAGCAACUUCUCCGAACCAUCCAAUAACAGUUUGGUGAUGAACAGUGCCUUUUCCAGCAUGAUGGAGCACCUUGCCAUAAGGCAGAAGUGAUAACUAAGUGGCUCGGGGAGCAAAACAUAGAUAUUUUUGGUCCGUGGCCAGGAAACUCCCCAGAACUUAAUCCCAUUGAGAACUUGUGGUCAAUCCGCAAGAGGCGGGUGAUUAUGCAUUGAUUAUGCAAGAAUGGGCUGCCAUCAGUCAGGAUGUGGCCCAGAAGUUAGUUGACAGCAUGCCAGGGCAGAUUGCAGAGGUCUUGAAAAAGAAGGGUCAACACUGCAAAUAUUGACUCUUUGCAUCAAAUUAAUGUAAUUGUCAAUAAAAGCCUUUGACACUUAUGAAACUUAUGAGACUUAUGCUUGUAAUUAUACUUCAGUAUUCCAUAGUAACAUCUGACAAAAAUAUCUAAAGACACUGAGGCAGCAGACUUUGAAUUAAUAUUUGUAAUUCUCAAAAUUUUUGGCCACGGACAGUACUGUAGGUGACAUGUUGGUUCUUUGCUCAUACCAACCUGGAACCCCUGUCUAUGGUGCAAUGUCCACAGCACAUUAUCCACACACUGACUUACAUUGUUGACCCUCCAAUAGCCCUACUGACUGUCACAUUGUAAAUACUUUAUCUCCAGUUGACCCUGCCACAGUUCAGAUGUGUUCUACUGUACUCACUGAGUGUGAGAUGUUGUUGAAAAGUUUUAAUACUGUCCUCCGAUCAGCUUGCUAUGCUGUAAGUUUUACCUUCUUCACCAUAUGGGAAGGAUCCAUAUUGGUAACCAGCGGUCUCUGCUUCAAUUAUCCUUGUGUCAUUCAGAGACCAUGGCUUGUGUGAGAGAAGCAUAUUACUGUGUGUGUUUCAUCAUUGAUGUUGUUUUUAAUAUGUUUAAUUGUUUUGUCAUUUUAAUAUCUGAAUGUGCCAUGAAAAAUUCAAAAUACUGUAAGCCUGAACUUAACCAGCCCUGUCGUUACAAUGUUUUACUGUUUCUUUGCUUGGAUAUCUUUUUUUAAAGAAAAUCAAUCAGA